AUGUCGAUGAAUUCAUCUUCAUCACCUCAUGGUCAAACAUUGAUUCCCAAAUCAGCUUCCGCUCCACAAAAUAUCCCAGAAGAUAUUUCUGAGCAGAGAAGCCAAUGGAUUUCCAAAUUAUUAAGCGAAAACCCUCAGCUCCUUGCAUUAAGAGAACGCGUUCUGCCAUGGACAGGUGGUUACUCAUUUGCAAAUGUGGUUCAUACCGAUACAACAGCUGUUCUUUCUCACGUAAAUAGAUAUGUUAUCCUCGAGCUUGUUUUUCAGCACCUAAACGCUAUUGGCAUGCACAGGACUGCUGAAAUGCUCCAAAAUGAAUGCGGACAUGAAUUUCAACACGUUGAUCAACCGUGGGACAAAACAGAUUUAUUACUUUUAGUUUCAUUAGGAGUUUUACCUCGCGAGGAUCCAUGGGAAAUUUCUCCAGAUCCACACCAUCAAUAUGUCGAAGAAUCUCUUGAAGAAGAUUUCUUUGCUUCACCCUAUCGCGAAGAUCCGAAAUUGAUUUGGCAGGAACUAUUAGAUCCAGAACUCAAUGUACAGUACGAAGGUGCCACUCAUACGUUCCCAUACCUCAAGGCUGCCUCAAUGAAACGAUUUGUAGUUCUUUUCGCUACAGCUCCACCAGCUCAGUUACCUGAUGAUGAACUCUACAAGUUUUUCCUUACAUUGCAUUCAAUUACUUCUUCAUAUCAUUUCUUCCAGCACCUUUGCGCCUUAUUCGACUGCCAUUUACUUGAGCCUGAUACUCCAGAGCAGAAGCAGAAGAUCUUGGAAAUGCAAUCUCAGCUCAGAGUCUCAGUUAUCAACCUUAUCAAGAAAUGGACAUCAUUCCACGGACUUUUCAUCGGUAGAAAGACACUAAAAUCGAUCGGACACUUUUUACGUAAAAUAGAAGAUGAUCAAGAGAACAUGCAAAAUAUUAUGCGUUAUGCCAAGCCAAUUUUGGCCCAAUUACCAAACCUCCAGUACGGAAAGAAGGUAGGUGUUCUUCCACCACCUUCCGAACCUCCAAUUAUUGACAACGCCCAAAUUAUUUUCAAACCAACUCUGAAAUUAACAGAACCGAACCCACAAGAGGUCGCCAGGCAGAUUACAUUGCUUUUCCAUGCUGCAUUCAAGGCUGUCCACUCCAGAGAAUUCGUUGUUGCCCUUUCCGAACAAAAAAUUUCUCAUCAAACCCCAACAUUAGCCGAAUUCUUCGAUUUCGGAGAUAGAUUGACAUUAUUAAUUUUAGAUACGAUUGUCAAUGCUCCUAACAACGAUCAUGUCGGUGCAAUUUCGAGAUUCCUCGAUAUCGCUUACCAUUUAACAGUAACUUUAUCCAAUUUCGAUGCAGCAGCCUGCAUAAUGCGUGCUCUCAAGGAUCCUGAGAUCAACAACCUCUUCUUCCUUACAGAUAAAGACCUUUGUCGCCGUCGCGAUGAAAUUUGCGACCACUGCGGAGAAAACUCAACGAAAUUGACUGAUUACAACUCGAUUGUUCGCUCCAAGUUCGAUGCAUGGAAGGCCACAAUUCCUAACCUCCGUGUUGAGUUAGUUUCAGUUCCAAUUGACAAAGCACCGAGUUUCAAAGACGGACUCAUUAACUGGGAAAAAAGAAGGGGAAUUUCUGAGAAAACAAUGGUUCUCUACAGGUUCCAGAACACUCCUUACAACUACUCUGUCAUUCCCCAGAUACAGCACGUAGUUAACAACGGGCCUUCGAUGACUGAGAAACAGAUCAGAGACAAGAUCGAUUUAAUAAGAAAAGGACUCAAUAAGUAA